AUGGAGUACCAGCUCGCUCUCGACCGCAUAGGUUGGACCUAUGUCUCUAUUUUCAUUGUUUGGAACACUUUGUUGGCAUCAGGUCUCACAUUCCUAUGGCUCAACCGGCAGCACCCUACACUUCGCAUGCGCAGGCUGCCAGUCUUGUUCACUGGCAUCAUUGCACUUCACAUCUACGGCACUCUUUGCUGCCUUGCAUACCCAUUUGGUGCAGCCUUCCCGUGCUCAGUCGUCUUCUGGAUGAUGUCGAUUGCUGUUCCACUAGGUAUGGCUUUAUUCCAUGCGUCCAACAGUCAGUUUCUGCACCUCGCCAGUCGUCAGAAGCGCUUUGCACACAUGAGCUCUUUGAAGGACCACGAGCCGAUCGAUGAAAAGAAGGCCCAGGAAGUUUCCAACAGCCGGUGGAAGCGCAUCAUGAAUGGAGUCGAGCGUGCCGACAAUAUCGAGCGGACCCUUAUCUUCAUUGGUAUGGGCAUGAUAGCUCAGGUUUUAUUGGUUCUCUUCGUUUUUCUCGCAUCAGAGAAGUUUCAUCCAGGUUGGGGCAUUUUCGAUUACACAAUCAAAGGCACCGGUAUGGAAGCGACGGCCAACUGUGUCAAGGGCUGGGAGUGGUGGCUGUCAAUUGUCUGGCAGUUAUUCUGGUCCUGGGUCUACGCACCCUGGAUUCUGUUCAAGUCCCGCAGCAUCAAGGACGUCCACGGUUGGCGGCUACAGACCAUCUGCUGCUGCCUUGUUGGCCUGCCCGCAUCUCCUCUUUGGCUCGCUGGUCUCUACACUCCCCAGUUUGCCCCUAUCAACGCAGUGUUCCCUCCGCCUGUCUGGUUCGCCGUCUGCUUCGGCAUGAUGGAGGUUUUCAGCAUCGGCUUCCCAAUUGUCAACCUGCUGAGGAGUAAGAGACUUGCUCAAGAGACACUUGAUGCUAUCGCCGACUGGGAGACACGUCAAGCAGCCGCUGGUCUGAACGAGACUACCGACCAAUACAAGACUGGUGACUCGCUCACUACGACUAUCACGGUCAAGUCUGCUGGCGAUAUCAGCUACAGCAUGCAGUCAUUUGAGUCACACAAGUCGGAUAUCUUGACCAUGACUGCCUUGGAGAACGCGCUUCGAACCAACGCAUUGCCACUCCUUGAGUUUGCCGCUCUGAAGGACUUUUCUGGCGAAAACGUCAGCUUCCUUACCCACGUUGCCGAUUGGCGACGCUACUGGUUUACACCAAAGUCGAACACAGCUGAGCACCGCCGCCACCAGUUCGUCGCUGCUACACGCAUCUACGCUCAUUUCAUCUCUCUUGAAUUUUCCGAAUUCCCCAUCAACAUCUCAUCCAAAGAGAUGAAGCGUCUCCAUGUCAUCUUUUCGCAAACUGCACACUUUCUCUACAGCCACCGUUCAGGCUCGAUUACUUCUUCGCUCAGCGACAAGGCCACUCCUUUCGACAACGUCAUGCCAGAUGAUGCCUCAGAUUCACCCUUCAACAGCGACAGCGAUCGCAGCAACAGCAGCGCAUCAUCUCAUGAGCUCAAGGCACCGCCCAGCCCCAUGUCGCCUACGACGCCCGUCUGCCUUGAUAGGCUGGGACGUGCGAACCUCAAGGCUGUUUCCAACAUGGAGGAGCUGCAUGAGGAUGCGAUGCUGGCCGAGGUGGAGAUUCCAGAUGCUUUCACCGAGAUGGUAUUCGAUGCUGCCGAGAAGGAGAUCAAGUACCUCGUCUUAACCAACACUUGGCCAAAGUUUGUCAACCUUGGACGUGCAAACAGCCAGCUUACCAAGGAUAGCGAUGCCGAGAAGGGCAACGCAUGGAUGCGCAAGCUGCUUUGCAAUUAG